GUCAUAUCUGGCUGUUGCUCUUCGCUCUUCACACUUUCGGUUGAUGAUCACCUGUUAUGAUCUUCACAUGUGUCACUAUUUGUCUUUCCUUUUCUCCUACACCUGCUUCCUUGCAGUAGUAACCCUACCCAGACGUGUCGAUGAUCUUUCCUUCGAAAAUCUAAUUCUAGUCCCAAUUCACUCCGGCUUCCAGUAAACUUUCGGAUAUGCCUCCUAGCGCAUCGGAAGAGGAGCUUACCAACAAAGCCAAACUUGUUCGCAUCACCACCAUCAUGGCCAACCAGAAGCGUGCGCCGCAUAGCGCCGAUGCCGAAGUGGCCGGAAUUCCUCCGGGCAUGAUCGACGCUCAUGCGGAACGCCGUUUACUCCGUAAGAUAGAUUUUCACGUCUGGCCUAUCCUGUUUGUCAUCUACAUGAUGUCUUUCCUCGAUCGCAUCAACAUCAGUAACGCCCGCAUCCAAGGAAUGACUGAGGAGCUAGACCUAUACGGUAAUAAGUUCAACAUUGCCCUCUUUGUAUACUUCAUCCCUUACAUCUUGCUCGAGGUUCCUAGCAACAUGGUGCUCAGGAAACUCAGGCCUCACUACUACAUCCCGUUUCUUAUGCUGAGUUGGGCCAUCGUCAACAUGUGCAUGGGGUUCGUCUCAACGUACGAGGGGCUUGUGGUAUUGCGCUUCUUUCUCGGAACGUUCGAGGCUGGUGUUAUGCCUGCUAUCGUCUAUCUCACUUCCAUGUAUUACAAGCGCCACGAGUUUCAGACACGCAUAAGUUUCUUCUUCUGCUCCACUGUUGUUGGCGGUGCUUUUGGAGGACUGCUUGCAUAUGCGAUUGCGAAUCUCGAUGGCCAUAACGGCAUUGCGGGCUGGAGAUGGAUCUUCAUCAUUGAAGGGGCGGCCACAGCUGUCAUAGCCAUUAUAUCCGUCCUCCUCAUCGUCGAUUGGCCAGAGCAGUGCCACUUCCUUACUCCGGAAGAAAAGCACCAACUGGAACUUCGACUAGCUGACGAUGGCGCCAACACGGUGGCUCGCAUGGACACGCUCAAUGCAUACGCGUAUCGACGCAUCUUGUCCGACUGGAAGAUUUGGGCUGGCGCUAUAAUGUACAUGGGUAUCGGCGUUACGGGUUACGCUACUACGUUCUUCAUGCCGACUAUUCUGCGCGAGUUUGGCUGGGAAGCACAAGCUGCUCAAAUUCACACUAUCCCCGUGUAUGUCGUCUCCGCAAUAGGCAUGGUAUCCGUAGCAUACUUGUCCGAUCGAUUUAAGCACCGUUACGGCUUUGUUAUUCUGGGCUGCACCAUCGAGACAGUCGGGUACGCUAUGCUGUUGCGCCACGAUGGUCUAUCGAGCGGUGCCAAAUACGGCGCCGUAUUUCUUGUAUCGCUCGGCGGCUUUGUAUCUGCGCCAAUUGCGCUCGCCUGGCUCGCCAAUAACAUGGCGGGUCAUUGGAAGCGCUCCUUCGCCUCCGCUAUCCAAGUUUCUCUCGGCAAUAUCGCAGGUAUCGUAGCAGCCCUCAUAUUCCGCCAGGAGGAGGCUCCGCGUUACCUGACCGGUUACGGCACUGCCCUAGCUAUCACAUGGUUAGGUGCUCUUUCGGCGACCCUGUUUUUCGUAGGAAUGCUCAUCGAGAAUAGGAGGCGGGACGCCGGUAGGAGAGAUUCGCGGUUAAGCGGUCCCAAGGAGGAAGUCGAUAACAUGGGUGAUUACCAUCCAUCAUUUCGAUUUACGUUAUGAGGGGAGAUUGGCCUGUUUUGUUACUUACUAGUUUAUUUGUUGCGGCUUUGGGACAGGUGUGUGCUUGUAGCACGCUUGGAAAACUAACCUGUUAGGUAUUCUCAAUGACAUCAGACAUUAAAAUAGUCUCCAUACAGACAAGGGUAACUAUUGAAUAUGAUAGAGGAUAGGGCUCUCGCCAUA